AUGCCUACACCGCUGGAUCGUGCAAUGCAUUCCAAAAACCUCUUCCUAGGUUUUGCAGGUAUGGUCACGGCAGCGGCGGCAUGGGCAAUUUGGGGCAAUGAGAUAUUUCCUGCCGAAUCUGAUCCAAAAGGAGACCCCGCAAAUUGGACACUUGAGGAAAUGCGGCGAUGGCUCCGUGCUCGAGGUCUGAUGCCUGAUCACAAGGCAACACGCGAGGAGCUUCUUGAACGAAUCCGAGCAAAUCUCCGGCAGCCGCCGAAGUCGUCUUAA